AUGGGAGAGAAACCAUAUACAUGCGUGGAAUGUGGAAAAAGCUUCAGCAAAAGCAGUUCCCUUGUUUCCCAUAAAAAGAUCCACACAGGGGAGAAGCCAUAUAAAUGCUUGGAGUGUAGAAAGACUUUCCGUGAUAACGGAUCCCUUACUAAUCAUAAAAGGAUCCACACAGGAGAGAAACCAUAUAAAUGCUUGGAAUGUGGAAAGAGCUUCCGCGAAAAUGGGACCCUUACUACUCAUAGAAGAAUCCACUCAGGAGAGAAACCGUAUCAUUGUGAGGAAUGUGGGAAAAUAUUCUGA